GGCCGGAGGCGGCGGCUGUCAGAGUCGGCUCAGCCUGCGCCGGGGAACAUCGGCCGCCUCCAGCUCCCGGCGCCGGCCCGGCCCGGCUCGGCCGCCUCAGGGCCCCCCCAUUCCCCCACCCCGACCCGGCCAACUCAGGAGAGGCUGCGCCUUCACGCCACCGCGAGCUUCCCCAUCGGCGCCUCCGUCAGUGAGGGCCCCGCCCCUGACGGGUAGCUUGUGUGUGGAUUGCGGCCUCUGGUGCGGUGGCCGCACUGCUCUGGCUGGGCCCAACCCAGUCCACCCAGCUGGAGCUUAGGAGCAGACGCCUGCCUGCCCUGGCAGCCAUGAGGCCCCCCUGGUGUCCCCUGCACACGCCCUCCCCGGCUUCCCCAAUCCUUCUCCUCCUCCUCUUCCUCUUGGGAGGAGGGGCAGAGGCUGAGGACCCAGAGCUGCUGGUAACAGUGCGUGGGGGCCGGCUGCGGGGCAUCCGCCUAAUGGCCCCCGGGGGCCCUGUCUCUGCUUUUCUGGGCAUCCCCUUCGCAGAGCCACCUGUGGGCCCCCGUCGCUUUCUGCCACCAGAGCCCAAGCGGCCCUGGUCAGGGGUGCUGGACGCCACAGCCUUCCAAAGCGUCUGCUACCAAUAUGUGGACACCUUAUACCCUGGCUUUGAGGGCACUGAGAUGUGGAACCCCAACCGUGAGCUGAGUGAAGACUGCCUCUACCUCAAUGUGUGGACACCAUACCCCCGGCCUGCAUCACCCACCCCUGUCCUCGUAUGGAUCUAUGGGGGUGGCUUCUACAGUGGCGCCUCCUCCCUGGACGUAUAUGAUGGCCGCUUCCUGGCCCAGGCUGAGGGGACCGUGCUGGUGUCCAUGAACUACCGGGUGGGAGCCUUUGGCUUCUUGGCCCUGCCAGGGAGCCGGGAGGCCCCAGGCAACGUGGGUCUACUGGAUCAGAGGCUGGCACUGCAGUGGGUGCAGGAGAAUGUGGCCACCUUCGGGGGCGACCCAAGGGCAGUGACUGUGUUCGGGGAAAGCGCUGGUGCGGCCUCAGUGGGCAUGCACCUGCUGUCCCCUCCCAGCCGGGGCCUGUUCCACAGGGCUGUGCUGCAGAGUGGAGCACCCAACGGCCCUUGGGCCACAGUGGGUGUGGGAGAGGCCCGCCGCAGGGCCACACUGCUGGCACGCCUGGUGGGCUGUCCCCCAGGGGGGGCCGGUGGCAAUGACACAGAGCUGGUCGCCUGCCUGAGGACACGGCCAGCUCAGGACCUGGUGGACCACGAGUGGCAUGUGCUGCCUCAGGAAAGUGUCUUCCGCUUCUCUUUCGUGCCUGUGGUGGAUGGUGACUUCCUCAGUGACACCCCGGAGGCCCUCAUCAGUGCUGGAGACUUCCACGGGCUGCAGGUGCUGGUGGGUGUGGUGAAGGAUGAGGGCUCCUAUUUUCUGGUUUACGGGGCCCCAGGCUUCAGCAAAGACAACGAAUCUCUCAUCAGCCGGGCCCAGUUCCUGGCUGGGGUGCGGGUCGGGGUCCCCCAGGCGAGUGACCUAGCUGCCGAGGCUGUGGUCCUGCAUUACACAGACUGGCUGCACCCUGAGGACCCGGCACGCCUGAGAGAGGCCAUGAGUGAUGUGGUGGGUGACCACAACGUCGUGUGCCCCGUGGCCCAGCUGGCUGGACGCCUGGCUGCCCAGGGGGCUCGGGUCUAUGCCUACAUCUUUGAACAUCGCUCGUCCACGCUCACCUGGCCCCUCUGGAUGGGGGUGCCCCACGGCUACGAGAUCGAGUUCAUCUUUGGGCUCCCUCUGGAACCCUCGCUAAACUAUACCGCUGAAGAGAGAACCUUUGCCCAGCGACUGAUGAGAUACUGGGCCAACUUCGCCCGCACAGGGGACCCCAAUGACCCCCGGGACCCCAAAGUCCCGCAGUGGCCACCGUACACGGCGGGAGCGCAGCAGUACGUGAGCUUGAACCUCCGGCCGCUGGAGGUGCGCCGGGGGCUGCGCGCCCAAGCCUGCGCCUUCUGGAACCGCUUCCUACCCAAAUUGCUCAGCGCCACCGACACGCUGGACGAGGCGGAGCGCCAGUGGAAGGCGGAGUUCCACCGCUGGAGCUCCUACAUGGUGCACUGGAAGAACCAGUUUGACCAUUACAGCAAGCAGGAUCGCUGCUCAGACCUGUGACCCAGACGGGACCCCCACGUCUUACCGCCCUGCUCGCCCCGCCCGGCCCCCUAGCUGUAUAUACUCAUCUAAGGGCCGGGAUAUAACACAGAGGAGCCCUAGACCCUGUCCACCCUCCCCACCGACUAUCCCCGGAGGCUCCCCGUCCUCUGCAUGUCUCGGGCCGAGCCCCUCCCCCGCGGUGCCUUCGCCCCUCUGGGCCGCCAAUAAACUGUUACAGCCACA